GUGGCAGUACAGCGGCGGCCAGCAGUCUGCGGAUUAACGAAGAAGAAACGAUAACAGACUUUUUGUUGUGCGCGUAAAAUACAGGAUUAAUUGGAUAUUUUUUUGGGCUCUACUGCGAUGGCUGUGUUUCCAAGCGCGCUGACCGAAGAGGAGGAAUCAUUACAGAAAAAAUAUGCAAAGUUAAAGAAAAAGAAAAAGGCUCUACUGGCACUUAAGAAGCAGAGUUCCAGCAAUCAGACAAGCCAGGCUGGACUGAAGCGCACUUUGUCAGACCAGCCUGUGGUGGACACGGCAACAGCCACUGAACAGGCCAAAAUGCUCAUCAAAUCUGGUGCUAUUAGCGCCAUCAAAUCAGAGAACAAGAACUCAGGGUUCAAGCGGUCAAGAACACUUGAGGGGAAAUUAAAGGACCCAGAAAAAGGUCCCGUUCCAGCAUUCCUCCCAUUUCAGAGAAGCGUUUCCACAGAUGAGGAUCCUGCUGAGUCUGCUAAACGAUCUCACAGAAAGAGUCUGUACGAGAGUUUCGUCAGCUCUGGAGAACGUUCUCGCGACGAUGAUGACGGAGGAGGAAUGUCGUCCAGCCGUGACUUUGAUCGUGAACGCGAAAGAGAGCUGGACAGAGACCGAGAACGAGAGAGGGACCGUGAGAGGGACCGUGAAAGAGAGCGAGACCGCGAUCGGGACAGGGAGAGGGAGCGCGAGCGCGAGCGCGAAUGGAGCCGGGACAGAGAGAGAGAUCGCGAGCGGGACAGAGAGAGAGACAGAGACAGGAGCCGGGACAGAGAACGAGACCGGGACAGGGACCGCGAGAGAGACAGAGAGAGGGAGCGAGACAGAGAUGGACCAUUUAGACGCUCAGACUCGUACCCGGAGCGGCGCAGUGUGCGGAAGGGAAACACAGUGUAUGUGUACGGUUCAGGACUCGUGGAGGACAGCCUGCGGGCAGCUUUUGCUCAGCAUGGCAACAUCAUCGACCUGUCCAUGGAUUCCCCACGCAACUGUGCUUUUGUCACAUUUGAGAAGAUGGAGUCAGCAGAUCAGGCUGUAGCAGAGCUGAACGGCGCCACAGUGGGAGACGUUACUAUCAAAGUUAGCAUCGCUAGGAAGCAGCCAAUGCUGGAUGCAGCUACCGGCAAGUCUGUGUGGGCUUCUCUGGCUGUUCAAAACAGUGCCAAGGGUUCAUACAGGGACAAGCGAAAUCAGGUUGUCUACAGCGAAGAUUUCCUCUGAGGACCUCUGUUGGACUCUAUGUCGAAGACAAACUGUUUCGACUCAACAUCAGUGUAUUUUUUUUCUAAGUGCUGUAUUUUCAAGUGAAUCAGACUCAUAAAAUAUGUAUUUCUUCAACAACUUUUUCCCCUUAAUGUAGCUUGCUGUUUAGCUCAACUCUGCUUUGCUUUGUUGCACUCAAUAAAGUUGCUUCUAGAUGUGACAUUAG